UCCUUGCAGCACCACCUAUAACCCACGCCAAAGAACUACAAGCUACGUGUCGUAAUCAUAAAAAAAGGAUGUAACGUGAGCUACGGCCGUGCAAUGGUGUUUGGAUAUUAUUCAUAUUACAUUUCAUAGUAUAAUCGGCAGUAUUGGUAUAAAAAGACAAAGAAAGGGAAAAAAAGAAACUUAUCUUCGAGCACGACAUUAGUACAAGAUAACCUGAUUCUGGCGUCCAUGUAUAUUUGGAAAUAUAUUCUGCUGAAAUACAAUUUAAAAUAUAUUCUUAAAGAACAGUUAUGAUAAAAAGUUAACAUUGUUUAUUAGAAUUUGAUUACUUAGUUUAUUGAAGUUUAGUAUUAUGUUUAUCUUCCAGUUAUUAAUUAUUAUUUUUAUUAACUAAUCAUUCAAAGUUUGAUAUAAUACAAAGAUAAAAAAGCUUUUUUAAAAACGUGUAUACGUGCAUGUUUUAUAUUUUUGUUAAAAAAGAACGGAUAAGAUUAUGUUUAAUAAUCAAAUGACAAGUACAACAUCAAAUGAAAAUGAUUGUACAGAAGAACACAAUUUGAAUAAUGAAAGAAAAGAACAGAAAUUCAUUAUAGAUGUGAGUCCACCAAACGAUAAUAGAUAUUUUGUGAAGCGAGCAUAUACAUCACCAAGAAUACUUAGUAAAUCAGUACCACGAAGAAAUAGAAGUUUCAUUCGUUAUAAAAUAAAUAGAUCAUUAAGUUUUGAUAAUGCUAAGAAUGAUCGUUUAUUUAAAUCUCCUAAUUCUAGUUCAGGAAGUAGUUCUUUUGAUAAUGAUAAGCAUUUAACAAGAUCAGCUAAAAUAAUGAGAGCACUAAAUUUUAAUUGUAGCCCUUUUUAUAAUCAAAGAAAGAAAAUAAAAAAGACAUUAAAUUUUAACUUAACUCCAAGUCCAAAGAAAUUUUCCAAUCUCAGAAUUUCACGAGAUAAUAUAAAUUUCAAUUUGACUUCAUCUUCGCCUAAAAUUAAUAAAACUUUGAAUUUUGACACAAGUCCAAGUGAUUCUAGUACCAAUAGUAUAUUACUUACAUCAUUUGAUUCUAUGGAUGAAAAUCAAAAUCAAACUCCUUCUCAGCGAAAUACAAAGACUAAAAAGUUAUUGAAUUAUAUUACACCCAAGAAAAGGAUGUAUGUUUCAUCUCCAGAUAUGGAUAUUUCUUCUCCAUCUUUACGUCUUAGUCUUAAAGAAAAAAUUGAUGACAUUGUACAAAUGAGUAGUUUGCCUGUUCCACAUUCUUUCAAUAAAGAUAGAAAAGCGUUAAAUUUUAAUACUCGCUGCAAUAUCAGCACACCAAGAAAUUUGUAUGCUGAUUUUUCUAACGAGGAUGAUGAAAGACCAUGUACACCUGAAAAUACAAUUUCUAUUGUUCCUGAAAGUAUGAGUGCCAUAAAGAAGAGUCAUAAAAAGGAAAGAUCUCUACGACAAACGGAUAAUUUAUCUACAAAGCAUGCAAAUGUAUUACAAAAAUUAACAGAUCCUUUCAUGGUUGAGCAAUUUGAUAAUUUGCAAACAGAAAAAAGACCCUUAACUCCACCAAUGGCUGAAAAAAGUAUUGUAUCUGUCUGUGAUACAAAUUCUAUUAAGCAAUCUCAUAAAAAAGAUAAAAAUAAGAAAAAAAUGUCAAUAUUUCAUUCAGGUGAUGAACUUUCUGACUCAGGAUCUAUUUUUGAUUAUUCUAUAGAAUCCAUAGAACAAGGAAAUAUACAAGAAAAAAAUAAUACAUGCCAUACUGAUCUUGAUCUUAAUAAAAAUGAAGAUAAUAUGGACUGUGAUUCAAAUAGUAACAAUGUAUCAACAAAUAGUAUUGGUUGUUGUGAAUUGAUAAAUAGUUCAAAUGAAACUGAAAACGAUCAAAUUAUGGAUAAUGUCAGUAAUAUGGAUACAAAAUCUAGUUCUUGCCUUGAAGAACAAACAUGUAACAUAGUUUCCCAGAAUCCUUUACCAAGUACUAGUAAUGCCAAUGAGAAAAGCAGGCCAGUAACACCAAAUGCACUUGAAACAAAUUCUAUAUCUUCAAUAAGAGUAAUCACUCCAGAAAAUCAUAUAAAUUUUUUACAACAUAUUCAAACUGAGUCAAUUAAAAAAUCUCAUAAGAAGAUUAAAGAUGAAAAUAGGAAGAAACUUUUUUUACCUAGAAGCCUUGAACAUAAACUUAAAGAAGAAAAAUUGGAUACUACUAAAAAUAAACUUUCGGAAGUAUCAAAAGAUGAUCAAAAUGAUAAUAAUAUUCUAGCAAAUAUUGAUACAGAAAUUAAUAUUCGUGCAAGUACACCUGAAAACGUUAAUUCUAGCAGAUUGUUAUUGUCAAACUUUAGUUCAGUUAAAAAAUCACAUAAAAAAGACAAGCAUAAUAAAAUUGUUUCAGAAUUUAUGCGACGUCAAAAAUUGUUAAGUAGAGAUGCAGAUUAUAACAAUGUGCAACGUGAAAUGCACAAUGACGUAAACAAGAAAGAUCAACGAAAAAUAAAGAACAAAUCUAUUAACAGUGAUACUAUGUCUAAUUUACAUUUAGAUAAUAUCAAAUUUAACAAUAAACUGUCUCCUAGUAAAAGAAAAAUAUUGUCCAAUUUAUCAGAUGAUGAUUUAUUACAUUUAUUGUGCAAUUCUAAAUCAAAACAAAAUGAGGGUGGAAGUACGGAGGAGUUCAAAAUUUGUACACCAAUAAAGAAAAGAAAACCAUUACUAAAAACUGGUUUGAAAUCUGAUUGUUUACAUGAUGUACAGUCAGAUAAAAAUGAUUCAUUUGAAGAAGAGAUAAUGAAUAUUGAUGCAUCUCGAUGUAUAACGCCAAUUCUAAGACAUCUUGGUUGUACAGUAUUACCAGUGCAUAAUACGGAUCUAUUAAAAACAGAUAAUGAUGGAAAGACUGCAAAUAAUGAAAAAAGUAAUUCAGUAGAGGAACAACAGCCUGAUACGCAAGAUCAAAAUGGAAGAUCAACGCCCAAAAAUAUGUCUACAAUAGAAUUACUUCCUAACAUUAAUUCUAUUAAAAAAUCUCAUAAAAAGGAUAAACGUGGAAAUGGAUUACAUAGAAGCCUUAUUUUAGAACAAGAAAAAUUACUUUUAAAGAAAAAUGAUUAUGAAUUUUUACAGGUCGUAGAUCAUAGAACUUCAACAAUAGUUUCUAAACCAAAUGAUAAUAAAUCAAGUUUAGCUGAUAAUACUUCUUCAAACAACAUAUUGAACGAUGGUAGUAAUAAUAGUGGGGAAAGUUCUACAAUUACAAUUUAUAAAAAUCCCCAAAGUUUCAAUCAAGAUGUUAAUGUUAAAGAUAGAAAAGAUAUGCUAACAAAUGAUACUACCUCAUCUAAUAGAACUCCACCUAACUGUUUAAUGGUAAAAAAUUAUAUUAGACUGUUGCAAGCAACUUCAAUAAAAAAAUCCCAUAAAAAAGAACGAGAUCGUAAAAAACACAAAAUAAUAAACAAUGAUCUAGAAUUGUCAGAUGAAGGAUCUAUAUUUGGAGAAAAUGAAAAAGUUGAUUCCUUAGAAGAUUUACAUAUUGAAAUUAAUAGCAAUGAGACUGAUAUAGAUAGAUCUGAUUAUGUAUAAAUUAUAAAUGGAAAGAUAUAAUUAAAAGAAAGUAAAACAAACAAGAUUUAAUUAAUUAUAACUGAAGAGUCCACAUUUUUUUAGUGGCAAUAUUCUAAGGAUGGAUUUAUAUUCAUUCAUGUAAGGCAUUCUUAUUUUCAGUAUUUCCAGUAAAACACAUAAUACAGCCUUUUGUUGGCAUUAAUGUA